AUGGAUCAGAUAAUCAGGGACUUGGUCCUUUUGCCGGUGUCUGCAGCAUCUGAUCUCGUCACGAAGGGCUGGUACACUUCGAACUUCCGUCAGAUCCGUGAGCUUGUUCAGGAUCCCGACUAUCAGUCUGGGGAGGUUGAUCCCGAUGAGCCAGUCCUCGAGGUCGUCGUUGGCGAUGCGAACAUGAAGGCCACGGCUUCAGCAACGCCUACUUUUGUGAGGAUCUUCAUGGACCGGGAAAAUGUGGGAGAGACCUCGCUUCAGAAGAAGCGGCCCUUCAACACGCCGGUCUGGAACGAACGAUUCUUGUUGUUACCGCGCGCUUCCUUCUCCACACGCUUCGAGGUCGUUGAUACGUGGGACCGUGUCCUCGGGCACUGUACCAUCGGCACUCAGAGCCUGUGGCGCGCGGCAGAGCAUUCCGGACAAGUCUCCGUGGAGCUGCCGCUGCAAAUGGGGAAGGGCCUGAACGGAAAGAUUUGGGUCCAUUCUCGACCCUGGGAUGGUCUCCCUCUGCCAGAGAGGCCUUGGUGGCCUCGAGCGCAAGAGCUACACGAGGACACAUGGUCACCACUUCGAUUGCAGGAAGGUGCCGAGGAGGACGACGUGGUAGGGAGCUUGCAGCCUGAGGAUACCGGCAAAAGCCGAGCCAAAGUUCUCAGCAGCGACCUUUUCUCCCGAAUAGACAAGGAUCGCACGGGCUCCAUCACCCGUGCAGAGUUCGAGGCAGCCCUGCGAAGUGGUGCGAUGUCUCCGCAAAGCCCGGCUCCACAGACAACAGGGCAGGCGCAGAGCCCGUCAAUCAUUUGGCCCCAGCCGGUGAAGCCAUCGGCACAAAUCAGUGCGCCGCAGAUUUCGAUGCCCAUGUCGCCUCAGGCGCAAUCCCCAAGCAGAGUCCUGUCCCAGUUCGCAGCCACUGUUCCUCCGCAGCCCGUAUUGUCCCCAUCCAGCACUCCUCUGGCACAGUUUGCCCAGUCAUUGCCCCCACAACCGGUGAAGCCUGAGGCCGACGGGGCGACAGCUCCCGGGGUAAGGUCCAAGGAUUUGUUUGCGAAGAUUGACAAGGACGGCAGCGGCAGCAUCACCCGUGCGGAGUUCGAGCGCGCGAUUCGCCAGGGCGAGCUCCAUACGAGAGUCAGGCCGGUCGGUGGAGGGCCCCAAGGUGGCUUCGCCACAACGACCUGCGACCACGGCGCUCUCGGCUAUGCCCCCGAGCCCGAGGUCGCAGAAGACCAACUCCCAGCCCUCGGCCUCGGCCUCGGCAACGCGCUGCACGAAGCGCCGCUUACGUUUGCGUUUGCCUGCCGAGACACCCAAGCAGCCGCAUUCGCAGCCUGCGCAGCCUUCCCUGGCCUCCUUGCCGCCACGUCUCAAGGAGCCGAGAGCAAGGAAUCCGGAGUCGGAGAGACCUGCGUCCUCGACAGGCAGCGGGCUUCAACCUUUGAUGAAAACAAGGCGGCGGUCGCGAUGUCGGAGCAUCGGGCGUUCCUGGAGAGAAGCACGUUGCCCAAUCCAGUUCACAGACUCGAGAAAUCUGCUUUCAGGUUGGCGCUGUGCGUGCCUGCUUGCCUCGCUGACCCCUUGGCCUUCGGCGUGUUACGCGUGUCACGUGCCAGACAUGGUCGUGCCACGGCCUCUCUCUUUCAGAGAGCGCAGCAUCAUGCUGCAGAAGCGACAAGAGCUUCUAUUGUCUCACAACCAGUGACCGAGGGCUGUACAUAUGAGGUUGCCACCCCGCCUGUCAACACAAUCAUCGUUACCAAGAAGCAGAGGAGACGAAAGGUGCAUCUGGCAGUUCAGUCGACUUGUGAUCAUCUACUAGCCUUCUAA